AUGUCUAAGCAAACCUCAGUGACAUUUUUCCUCGCGACAUUCCUAAUAAUGUCAGCCUACACCACCUCAGCCGCCAUCCCACCCGGGCCACCACCAGACGAGCCCGUCGUGUUGGAGCUGUACAUGCACGACAUCCUGGGCGGCACCACCCCCACCGCCCGCCCCAUCACUGGUCUCCUCGGCAACAUCUACAGUGGCCAGGUCCCCUUCGCCCGUCCCCUCGGCUUCCUCCCACCCCGCGGCGGCGUUGCCAUCCCAAACGCAAACGGCGCCAUCCCCACCGUCAACCCCAACAACGGCAUCCCGCUCGGCACCGGCCUCGUCGGCACUGCAUUUGCCGGUGGGUCCCCCAACACCAAUACAAACAACAACAACAAUAACAAUAACAACAACAACAACGGUGUGAUAGCGGGUCAGCUCGGGCCUGACGGGCUCGGGCUGGGGUUCGGGACGAUCACGGUGAUCGACGACUACCUGACGUCGGCUCCCGAGCUGGGGUCGCAGCAGCUGGGGAAGGCGCAGGGUGUGUACGUGGCGAGCUCGGCGGACGGGUCGACCCAGAUGAUGGCGUUCACGGCGGUGAUGGAAGGAGGGGAGUUUGGGGAUAGUGUUAAUUUUUUCGGGGUGUAUAGGAUAGGGAGCCACAUGUCGCGGCUGUCGGUCACGGGAGGGACGGGGAAGUUCAAGAACGUGUGCGGGUUUGCGGAGGUGAGGUCGCUGAUUCCGGCGGGGCAGGUCGUGGGGGACGGGGUCGAGACGCUGCUCAGGAUCACCGUGCAUCUCACUUACUGA